AUAUCUACGGUAUUAAUGUUAUUCACAGUUUAGAUGUUCGCCGGGUGUUAUAGUUGUAACACGGAUCGCUAAAAUAUUCAAAAAUGGAAGCUGUAGUGUUCGACGGCAAGGCUCUUUCGCUGAAGUUCGAGAAGAAGUACCCCAUGCCGAAGUUGAUCCACGACGAUGACGUCAUCGUGCGGGUCGAGUACUCCGGCGUGUGCGGCACAGACUUGCAUAUCAUACAGGGCGAGUUCCCGGCGCCCAGGGAUCGCUCCCUGCCGUUGGGUCACGAGUUCAGCGGGGUGGUGCACCAGGCAGGCAAGUCCUCCCUCUUCAAGGUCGGACAGAGAGUCGUCGUUGAUCCUAACCGCGCGUGCAACCUGUGCUCGUUCUGCCGCGCGGGCAACUACCAGUACUGCCUGCGUGCCGGCAUCAACAGCACCAUCGGCAUCUGGCAGGACGGCGGCUGGGCGCAGUACGUGCGCUGCCCGCAGGAACAGGUGUACGAGCUGCCUGACGAGAUCACCACUGAACAAGCUGGUCUCUGCGAGCCGUACUCGUGUGUGUCGCACGGGUUCGACCGCGCCGCGCCGCUCCCAAUCGGCAGCAAGAUCCUCAUAGUGGGAGCGGGGAUCAUCGGCAACCUGUGGGUGACCACGCUCCAUGUACAGGGACACAAGGACGUCACAGUCUCAGAGAUGAACAAGACCAGACUGGAUAUUGUAAAGAAAAUGAACACAGGGUACAGGCUGGUCACCCCGGAGGUGCUGGCCUCCGAGAAACAGCUAUACGACGUCAUCAUCGACUGCACUGGUGUGGGCAAGGUGAUGGAGGUCAGCUUCAACUACCUGCGUCACGGCGGCAAGUACGUGCUGUUCGGCUGCUGCCCGCCCACACACAAGGCUGAAGUUAAUCCGUUCCAAAUCUACGACAAGGAGCUGACGAUAAUCGGCGUGAAGAUCAACCCCUUCAGCUUCCCCAAGGCCAUCGGCUUGCUACAGGCCAUGGGUGACAGGUACCUAAACUACGAGAAGUUGGGUGUCAAAACCUAUCCGCUGUCGGCCUAUGAGGAGGCUCUGAAGGAGCUGAAGGCUGGUACCAUCUCGAAGGCGAUAUUCAAAAUUGCCCAUUAAAUUAUUAAAAUAUUAAUUGUUA